UACAAAUACAAGAAAGAACAAAGCAACACACAAAAACACUUCACUUUUUUUCCACUAAUUAAUUAGUUUCUUCUUCUCUUCUUUCCAAAAAAUAUGGAGAAUUACGUCGGCGAGAGUGGAUUUGCUCCUCUAAACAAAACCGUCUUCACACGUGAUCAAGAACAAAUGAAAGAAGAAAAUUUCCCCUUCCAAGUCGUUGACCAAUCAAAGCCCACAAGCUUUCUUCAAGACUUCCAACAUCUUGAUCAUGAUCAUCAGUUUGAUCAUCAUCAUCAUCAUCAUGGCUCUACAUCUUCAAAUCCUUUGCUCGGUAUCCAAACUAGGCCCUCUUGUGUCAAUAGUUCUCUUUUCGAGCAUUGCGCUUACCAAGACAAUAUGGUCAAUAUGGUCAAUAAACAUGGACCUAUGGACAUGAAACAAGACAACAUGAUGAUGGGGAUGAUCUCUUUUGAUUACCCUCCUAGAGAGAUCACCAAGCCUAUGAACUUCGUAAUGCCAGAUGAAGUUUCAUGUGUUUCUGCGGAUAAUGAUUGUUAUAAAUCGAUGAGUUUCAAUAAGACCAAACCAAUUCUGACAAGAAAGUUGUCUUCAUCCUCGUCGUCAUCAUCAUGGAAAGAAAAGAAAGAAACAACAUUAGUCAAAGGACAAUGGACUUCUGAAGAAGACAGGAUAGUGAUUCAAUUUGUGGAGAAAUAUGGAUUGCGAAAAUGGUCGCAUAUUGCACAAGUGUUACCGGGAAGGAUUGGGAAGCAAUGUAGAGAGAGAUGGCAUAACCAUUUGAGACCUGACAUUAAGAAGGAAACAUGGAGUGAAGAAGAAGACAGAGUGCUUAUACAAUUUCAUAAAGAGAUUGGGAACAAAUGGGCAGAGAUUGCCAAAAGACUCCCUGGAAGAACAGAGAACUCGAUCAAGAACCACUGGAACGCAACAAAACGAAGACAAUUCUCUAAGAGAAAGUGUAGAUCUAAGUAUCCAAGACCUUCUCUGUUGCAGGAUUACAUAAAGAGUUUGGAUUUGAAAGCCUUGUCGUUUUCCUCUGUGCCUGCAAGAGGUAGACGCAGAGAGAGUAACAAGAAGAAGGAUUUUGUGGCGGUUGAGGAAGAGAAUAAGAAGAAUGAAGAUGACCUUUACGGACUAGACAGGAUGGUACCUGAAUGUGUGUUUACUGAUGACUUUGGAUUCAAUGAGAAGCUUCUUGUGGAAGGAUGUAGCAUUGACUCAUUACUUGAUGACCUUCCUCAGCCUGACACUGAUACUUUUGCUCAUGGAUUCUGAUUUGUAUUGUUUUUAUUUUUUAAUUUCAGUUUUUUUUUUUGAAUGAGACAUAUUCACCAAACUAAUCAAAAAUAAUUCAACUCGCAGGGUUUUGUUUCAACUGAAUAGAACAACAAAAUAUCAUUCUACUAGC